AGAGAACACAGCAAACAUAACACAAUCAAACCGACACGUGACUGUAUCAUUAACCUCUCCUUCCAUUUAACCAUUUUGUGUCCCCCGCAAACGUGCAUUGUCGGUUGAAAAAACCACCGCCGCCGAUUCGAGAAGAUCCGGUUAGCCGGAUCCGGCAACUCUCUCCUCUGAUCAUACCAGAUAGAGAGGUUAAAAAUUGGAAAAGAUGACCGACAUAUUUGAAGGAUACGAGCGUCAAUACUGCGAACUCUCUUCUAAUUUAUCCAGAAAAUGCACCGCUGCUCUUUCUCUUGAUGGAGAGAAAAAGAAGCAAAAGAUUUCCGAAGUAAAAGCUGGAUUAGAGGAUGCUGAAGCUUUGAUUCGGAAAAUGGAUCUGGAAGCGAGAAAUUUGCAGCCAAAUGUGAAGGCUGUUCUUCUGGCUAAAUUGAGGGAGUACAAGUCAGAUUUGAACAAUCUAAAAACUGAGGUUAAAAGAAUUGGUUCUGGUAAUCUUAAUGCAGCUGCUCGCGAUGAGCUCUUGGAAGCUGGAAUGACUGAUGCCUUGAUGGCCUCAGGAGAUCAAAGAUCAAGAUUGAUGAUGGCGACGGAAAGACUAUAUCAUUCCAGUGACAGAAUUAAGGAUAGUAGAAGAACUAUGCUUGAAACAGAAGAACUUGGUGUUUCAAUUCUUCAAGAUUUGCAUCAACAGCGACAGUCUCUCUUACAUGCACAUAACACGCUUCAUGGAGUGGAUGACAACAUCGGUAAGAGUAAGAGAGUAUUGACUGCCAUUUCGAGGAGGAUGAACAGGAACAAGUGGAUGAUCAGUGCCAUCAUUGCUGUUCUUGUUGUUGCCGUCAUCUUGAUCCUGUACUUCAAACUCAAAUAGGCAAGAUAUCCCUUGUUCCAGUGUUUUUCCAAGACAUAACUUGAAUUUUUUUUCCUUUUGACUUCGAUUAUGUAUGAGUUUGCCAUCAAUUGCUGAUGUGAGUGAAGAAUUUGAUUUAUAUGCAGUCUUGUACUUUUUAUCCAUUUUAAUUAUAUGGAUUGAACUUUGGUGAA